GAUCUCCUUUCAGGAGCCAGCGUCUGGCCAAUGCCUCAACUCUUUUAAUUUAAAACUGUGUAUAUAAAUUAUUUUUACUCGUUUGUUUACAAAUAUUGCGACUAUAUUUUGUUUUUUGGAGCUCCGCACUGCGGGAUUUGGUCCCUGUGUUCCCCCCUACCCCGGAGCUCAGGCGGAUUGUCCUCCCCUCUGGAUGAAAGGAUUCCUGCCGCAUUUUUGUCGCUGCAACGUGGACUUUCAGCCCUCCAGCUCACGGGAGAGUCGCAGCCCGCCUCUGGAUUAAAACAAAACAAAGUCCCAGCUCCAGCCGGUCCGUGGUGGAUUAUUAUUCCAGAAAUGCUGCUGUCCAAGCUGAAUUCUCUGGCCGCAGACAUGCCGGCGAAGAUCCAGCUCCAGGUUCAUCAAGUGAAGGAGAAGGAGCCGUUCGAGAAGCUGUACCAGGUCGGCGCGGUGCUGGGAAGCGGCGGCUUCGGGACCGUCUACGCCGGCACGAGGAUUUCCGACGGAGUUCCGGUCGCUGUUAAGCACGUAGCCAGGGACAGGGUCUCCGAGUGGGGAGAACUGCCGAGCGGCGCGCGGGUUCCGAUGGAGAUAGUUCUGCUGAAGAAGGUCGGGACGGGCUUCCGCGGCGUCAUCAAGAUGCUAGACUGGUUCGAGCGGCCGGACAGCUUCAUCAUCGUCAUGGAGAGACCCGAGAACGUCAAGGAUCUGUUCGACUUCAUCACCGAGAGGGGGGCCUUACCGGAGGAGCUGGCGCGGAGCUUCUUCCGCCAGGUGCUGGAGGCCGUGCGCCACUGCCACAGCUGCGGCGUGGUGCACCGGGACAUCAAGGACGAGAACAUCCUCAUUGACCUCCGCACCGGGGAGAUGAAGCUCAUCGACUUCGGCUCCGGGGCUCUGCUGAAAGACACCAUCUACACGGACUUUGACGGUACACGAGUGUACAGUCCACCUGAGUGGAUCAAGUAUCACCGCUACCAGGGGCGCUCUGCCACUGUGUGGUCUCUGGGUAUCCUGCUAUAUGACAUGGUGUGUGGGGACAUCCCAUUCGAGCACGACGAGGAGAUCACCCGGGGUCAGGUUCUGUUUCGGAGGAGAAUCUCUACAGAAUGCCAGCACCUCAUCAAAUGGUGUCUGAGUCUGCGACCGACUGACCGGCCGUCCUUCGAGGACGUCAUCAACCACUCGUGGAUGCAGAGCACCGCCUCUUCGGGGGUGUCCACGGCGCAGACGGAGAAGACGACCACGGAGAUCCGACUGCACAGCAUCAGCCACGAGCCCAGCUCCUUCACGCCACCCCCCGUGGGCGUGGCGCGGUGAUGGCCGUUCGCACUGUUCUGGACUGAACACUGUCUGAAGGACUAAUAGCCGAGACUGCGUCGCCGCCCAACCAGGAGGCGCCUCGCCCUGAGGGGCCGCUCCACGCCGUCCUCCUGUGGGACCGGGUUGAACACUGGUCGUCCUGCUCAACAGCUCCCGGGCAGUAAGGACUCCUCUGGCUGCAGCGCCCUGCACUUCUUCCUCCUGAUUCCCAAAGGCAGGAGAUGCAAGAUUUACAGGCGUUUGUCACAGAGGAGCUGCUCGUUCUGGAGAAAGUGCCUUCUUAGAGAUGGGGGGGGGGAAGGGGGGCCUGAUGAUACUUGAACCUGAGAAAUCAAAAAGGCAAAGGAACCUUUUUGCUUCCUUACAAGGCUUUAUAUUUGUUGCUGUCAGUUUUAGUUUUUUCCUCUCAUGGGCCUAGAUCAGUGAAGCCUGUGCCAGUUUUACAAUCACUACUUCCACCACCACCACUACUCCCGUCGCCAUUAGCAACCACACAACCUCCUGGUAGCAGCCAAGUCAUCCACAACAGGAAACACUGGACUUACCUCAAUCCUGCGUCCACACCCCUCCUCCACCCGUCGCGCUUCUUCCGUUCCACGCCGGCAUCCGCCGAAACGCACCGAACAAUGCAAACGUCGGCAUACCGGCGCGCCUCUGCUCCAUCCUCCGCUUCAACUCUAGUGGGAAGAAAAAAACUGUAAAUGAGAAAGAUAUUUAUUAUCAAUGCUGUGACUCAUCUUCCAUCUUAAAGGAUUUUUGUUUAAUUUUUUUUUGGGUCGCAGUGUUUAUUUAUUUAUUUAUGAAAGCAUUUUUGGCUGUGUGUCCCACAGCCAGCGAAGGGCCCACGAUUUAUUUAAGAGGAAAUGCAAGUUUGAUUAUAUUCUUUCUUUUCAUAUUUAUGGAUGGAAAAUUUCACAAGAGCAGGCGUACGUUGGUCUAUGCCGUGUAAAUAAAGUGUAAAUAAUUCACAGAAACACUUCCAUUUUCAUGUACAUAAACAUCUACUGAUGGUGGCUGGUGUUACGCCGUUGUGUGAAUGUUGUUGUUUUUUUCCACUCACUCAAAUUAGAAUUGUAAAUUGUGUUAGAAAGUUAUUUUUAUACGAUUCCAAUAAAUAUUUUUCUUUAACGAUGACA